AUGGAUAGGAUAAGUCAGUUGCCUGAUACUCUCCUAUUGCGUAUACUGUCCGAACUGCCUACCGCUAAAGAUGUUGUGGCCACUAUGGUUUUGUCAAAACGUUGGCUUCCUCUGUGGAAGUCUGUGCCAAAACUUGUGUUCAAAGAUGAUAUCUAUCAAAACAUUAAUGAUACUGGAAGGUUUUCACGCUUUGUCCACAGAUCUUUGAUUUUGCACAAGGCACCGCUUGAAACUCUGUGUUUCCAACUUACUCAAACUUCAUCUGUCGUUGAUAUUGGAAUAUGGAUUGAAAUGGCGCUUCAACGCGGUGUGCGUGACCUGAGCAUCGAUAUCGACUGUACUUCGAGUACAACUCCAGUUACACUUCCAAGGAGUUUAUAUACAGGCUGUGGAAUUCUUGUGACCUUGAUACUAAAGAGUGUGACUCUUGUGGAUUCGUCUUCAUUGCCUUCUUUCUCAACCCUCAAAACUUUGAACCUUUUAUCUGUCAAGUACCCCGGUGAUGAGUUUGUCAAGAGGCUAUUAUUAAAUUGUCAUGUUCUUGAAGAUUUGCACGUGGAACAAUGUCUGGAUGACAAUGUUACCGCUUUUACCGUUAGGGUUCCUUCCCUCAAGAGUGCACUUUUGGAUAAAACACUAGACAGAGGGUUUGGUGAGGAUGAUGGGUUUGUGAUAGAUGCUCCUUCUUUGGAGCUGUUGGAUGUUCUUAUUAUUUCAGGCAGUUUUUGUAUCAUUGAGAAUGAUAUGCCUAAUAUUGAUAGAGUAAGUGUUGUUCUUUAUCAUGAUCCUUGGAAAAUUCUGUGGGAUACUACUUCAGUGAAGCGCCUUUCUCUAUGUGUACCAUACUCAAAGGCUUCAAAUCCUGUUGGUCUUGUUUUCCACCGUCUUGUGCGUUUAGAAAUGUGCACAUCUGAGCCAGAAUGGUUCAGUCUACUUAUGUUUGUGCUCAGAGCUUCCCCUAACUUAAGAGCCCUCAAACUACAGCGUUGUUGCAUUCGAGGUCAAGAACUUUUCUCCUUUUGGAAUGAACCGAGUUUAGUUCCUGAAUGUCUGUUGUCGAGUAUUAAAACUUUUGAAUGGGUUGAUUAUGAAGGAACCAUAGAAGAGAAAGAAGUAGUAGCAUUCAUCUUAAGAAGUGGAAGAUGUUUGAAGAAGGUGAAUAUCUCCUCGGCAACCACUGACUCCGGCUAG